AUGACUGCGGGUUACGUGCUGGGUCUGCUGCGCAAAUAUCUGGGCGAGUAUGUCCGCAACAUCCCAGACGAGGCGCUCAAGAUCAGCGUGUGGCAAGGCGACGUGGUGCUGAGGGAUCUGCAGCUGAAGGAGGAGGCGCUCAACCGCCUGCGCCUGCCCAUCGCAGUCAAGGCCGGCUUCAUCGGAUCAGUCAACCUCAAGGUGCCAUGGAGUCGCCUGGGAGUGGAGCCGGUGGUGCUGCUGCUGGACCGAGGUCCUCGGCAUUGCACUUGCCGUCCAUCUGAUGCUCCUUUCUUCUGCUGGGUUGGGCUGUGGGGGGGUGGUGUCGUGGUUGGGGUGCAGUCAGCGGAGGAGGAGGAGGAGCAACGCCUGGAGGCAAAGAGGCGCAGAAUAGAGGCGGGCAGUGGGGCAUCAUGGAUAUCAUCACUGAUCGCCACCAUAGUGGGCAACAUCAAGAUCUCCUUCACCAACGUGCACAUCCGCUAUGAGGACCCCGGCAGCCUGUCAGGGCGUCCCUUCUGCACGGGGGUGACAUUGGCGCGGCUGGCAGCGGUGACCACGGAUGAGAACUGGGUGGAGACGUUCGUCACCAGCGGGGCGCUCGACAGCCUCUACAAGGCGGUGCAUCUGGAGCGCCUGGCGGUGUAUCACGACAGCAACAGCGGGCCGUGGGAUCCACACACCGCGUGGGAUGCCAUGCAGGGCGCACAGUGGAGCGAGGUGUUUGAGGCGGGCAUUCAUGAGGAGGCGCCACCCAGUGCAGGUGCCACUGACUGGGCGGCGAAUCGGCAGUUUCUGCUACACCCGGUGGACGGCAGGAUGCGGUACGAGCGGCGCAGCAAGAAGGAGAGGCGGCGCGACGACGUGCCCUUCCAGACUGCCGCUCUGCAGCUGGGGCAGGUGGCUCUCACUCUCUCACAGACGCAGUACGAGGACGGGAUGCGGUUCAUGGAGGCGGCAGCGCUGUACCGUCGCCGAGUGGACGUGGCUCACCUGCGCCCGCGCCUACCCGUGCGCUCCCACGCCGCCCUCUGGUGGCGCUUUGCUGCGCGCGCCCUGCUGCAGCAGCACCACGCCCUCAGGCCAACGAUGACAUGGAAGGGCAUCAAGGACAGCUGCAACAUGCGGCGCCGCUACGUGGCGGCGUACACCCAGGCGCUGCUGGACGCGUGGGCGUCGGGCGGCCCUGUGAAGCCGGGUGCGGCGGCGGACAGCGCUGAGAUGCGGUCCAUCGAGGCGCACGUCAGCGUGGAGGUCGCCCUGCUCUGGCGCAUGCUGGCGCACUCGCAGGCGGAGCGCAGCCGACCCAAGGCGCAGCGGCAGGCAGUGCAGCCCAAGGCCAAGGGGUGGUUCGCCUCCUGGCGAGGGGCGUCUGUGCCAGCGGAGUCAAGGGGGGACGAGGGGGCGGAGGAGGAGGGGGAGGCGGGGGGGCUGAGUGCGGAGGAGUGGGAGAAGAUAGAGGAGCUGGUGCGCGCGGGGGAGGAGGCGCAGUACGAGCCGGGGCAGGCGGCGGCGGGGGCGGUGCAGAUGGUGGUGCAGGUGGGCAUGGACUGCUUCCGCGCGCGCCUCGUGGACGGGGGGGCGGGCGUGGACGUGGUGUGUGGGUCGUGCCACCACCUGCACGUGGCGCUGCGCCUGUACCCUCUCAUGCUCAAGGCUGACGUCAGCCUGCGCCUUUACGACCUCGCCGUGCCCGAAGGCACCCUCAUUGAGAGUGUGAGCAGGGAGGGCAAGGAGGCGGCACUGACAGCAUCGUUCGUGCAGCACCCCAUCGAAGAGCACCUCGACUGGAUGCUCAUCGCUGCCCUCUCGCCCUGCCACGUCAUGGUGCCCGCCCCAAUCCUCCCUCUUCCCUCAUUGCUCAUCCCCCGCCUUCUGAUUUCCCUGCAAGCCAUGCUUAUUGAAUCUCCUUACUCCCUACCAUGUUCUCUUCAAAUCCCCUCGCGAUGUCGUUCCUCUAAAUCCCUCUUGCUCCUCCCCCCUCCCCCCUCCCCAAAUGCCUCCACAGCUGUGGCGGCGCAGCAUAGACCGAGUGCUGCACUUCCUGCGCGCUGGUCAGCAGGCCACACCUGCCGUCGCCCUCGAGACCGCCGCCGCCCUGCAGGUGCCACAUCCCAUGCCACUCUCCUUGCCACUCUCCUUGCCACUCUCCUUGCCACUCUCCUUGCCACUCUCCUUGCCACUCUCCUUGCUGCACUGCCGUGA